AGAAUCCGUCACAGAGGGCCAGACUGGUCGGGGUGUAUAAUAGCGGGUAACCAUAUCUUCUGUCACGAGAGACUGGCGAUAGUGGGCGUGGAUUCGGGUGCUCAGCCCAUUACAAACGCCGACAACAGUAUUAUACUAUCGGUUAACGGAGAGAUCUAUAACUACCUGAACCUCAAGAAACUGCUGAACGAUCCGCAGCCAUACGUCACGCAAUCGGACUGUGAAAUCAUUUUGCAUUUGUAUCGCGAAAUUGGCGAUAAAGUGGUCGACCAUUUGGACGGACAGUUCGCUUUUGUAUUGUACGAUAAGAAAGCGGACAGACUUAUCGCGGCGAGAGAUCCCAUCGGGAUAACGACACUGUAUUAUGGGUACGACAGCCGUUCGCCUAAAUCUAUAUACUUUGCGUCCGAAAUGAAAUCACUGAACGAGGACUGCGAUCGGAUCCUGUCCUUCCCUCCCGGACACCUCUAUGACUCGAAAACGGGACAAAUAAGGCGUUGGUUUGACCCCAACUGGUGGUCAGAGGAGGUGAUAGCGAGCGCACCCCUCGAUUACACGCUACUGAAGCGCAAACUCGAGCACUCAGUCCGCAAACGACUCAUGAGUGAAGUGCCGUAUGGGGUCCUCCUGUCCGGUGGUCUCGACUCCAGUCUCAUCGCAUCGAUAGCCGUGAGAGAGACGAGAAAUGUUGUCAGACGUAAGACUAGUAGACCUGUACUGAGAACUGAUUCAGAGGACGGGAACAGUAAUCUAUUGGCGGCCAGAGAUGUGGCGAAGUUCCUGAAGACUAAACAUCACGAAUACAUAUUCACAAUACAGGAGGGAUUGGAUGCCAUAUCGGAUGUGAUCUAUCACUUGGAGACGUACGACGUGACGACAGUGAGGGCCAGUACUCCCAUGUAUUUGCUGUCGCGUAAAAUCAAAGCAAUUGGCGUUAAAAUGGUUUUGAGUGGCGAGGGAUCCGAUGAGAUAUUCGGUGGUUAUCUGUACUUCCACUCCGCGCCCAGUGCUGAGGCUCUCCAUCAGGAGACUGUCAAGAGAGUGAAGAAUUUGCACACUUCUGACUGUUUGAGGGCUAAUAAGUCGACACUUGCCUGGGGUCUGGAGGCCAGAGUGCCAUUCCUUGACAUCAAGUUCUUGGACGUAGCCAUGAAUGUUGAUCCAAAGGAUAAGAUGUGUUCAUCAGAACAUAUUGAGAAAUAUAUCCUAAGAAAAGCAUUUGACACCUCCCACGACCCGACUCUUGAGCCCUAUUUACCCGAUAAUAUCCUUUGGCGCCAAAAAGAGCAGUUUUCCGACGGCGUCGGCUAUUCGUGGAUCGAUUCGCUCAGAGAUGAGGCCGAGAGGAAGAUCUCUGACGAGGAGUUUGCCAAACGAGACACCCGUUGGCCGGACGACACCCCGCAGACAAAGGAGGCGUUUUGGUACCGACAAGAGUUUGAGAAGUGGUUUCCCGAGAAGGCGUGCACUGAGAGUGUGGUUCGUUGGGUCCCCAGAACUGAUUGGGGCUGUUCUCCAGACCCUUCCGGACGGUCACAGAAAGUACACACACAGGCCUACCAUAAGUAAUUCAAUGGUUAUCCCUAUAACGGCCACCAUAUACAACAUGUUUUCGACUUUUUAAUUGAAUUUGGUUUAGGUAUAUUAUUUUUAAAUUAAAAAUUAUAUUAAAAUAGGUGUUGGUGAAGUUUUAUUUGGUAAACUAUUAAGAAAAUAAUACCGGU